GCUGAAGAAGCAAAAUUAAAAGCAAGGUAUCCUCAUCUGGGACAAAAGCCUGGAGGUUCAGAUUUCUUAAGGAAACGAUUACAGAAGGGGCAAAAAUAUUUUGAUUCUGGGGAUUACAACAUGGCUAAAGCCAAAAUGAAGAACAAGCAGCUUCCUACUGCAGCUCCGGAUAAGACA